AGAGAACAGGGUUGCAGCUACGGACGUAUCAGUCAAAUCGAUUAAAGAAGACCCUUUACUUGAGGUCCAGCCUCUGUCUAGGGAAGAGGCUCUCAGGCAGCCUUAGAUGAUUAUGGAUUUUCUGAGCGAGAAGUUUGCCCUGAAGAGCCAGCCGAGCAAGAACAGUGACUUUUACAUGGGAGCAGGAGGCACUUUGGAGCACGUUAUGGAAACUUUGGACAAUGAAUCCUUUUAUAGCAAAACGUCAGGCAGCAAAUGCGUACAGGCCUUCAAUCCUCUGCAAAGGGCUGAGCAUCAUGUGAGGCUGGAGAGGACAUCACCCUGCCAGGACAACGUGAACUACGGGAUUACUAAAGUGGAAGGACAGCCUCUUCACACAGAGUUGAGCAGGCCCAUGGACAAUUGCAAUAAUCUUAGGAUGUCUCCAGUGAAAGGGAUGCAGGAGAAGGGAGACCUGGAUGAACUUGGUGAUAAGUGUGACAGUAAUGUCUCCAGCAGUAAGAAGAGAAGACACAGAACAACUUUUACCAGUUUGCAGCUGGAGGAAUUGGAGAAAGUAUUCCAGAAAACUCACUACCCCGAUGUCUAUGUAAGAGAACAGUUAGCUCUGAGAACAGAGCUCACUGAGGCCAGAGUCCAGGUUUGGUUCCAGAAUCGAAGAGCAAAAUGGAGGAAAAGAGAACGCUAUGGUCAGAUCCAGCAAGCUAAGAGCCAUUUUGCUGCCACAUAUGAUAUAUCUGUUCUUCCAAGGACUGACAGCUACCCUCAGAUUCAGAACAAUCUGUGGGCAGGGAAUGCGGCUAGUGGUUCUGUGGUUACUUCCUGCAUGCUGCCACGAGAUACGUCUUCCUGUAUGACACCUUAUUCCCAUUCACCCCGGACAGAUUCUGGCUACACAGGCUUUUCAAACCACCAGAAUCAGUUCAGCCACGUGCCCCUCAAUAAUUUUUUUACUGACUCAUUACUUUCUGGGGCAACCAAUGGACAUGCUUUUGAAACCAAGCCAGAGUUUGAAAGGAGGUCCUCCAGCAUUGCAGUUCUACGGAUGAAAGCCAAAGAGCAUGCAGCCAAUAUUUCCUGGGCCAUGUAAUAUAGCAGUACCCUUUCUCAAUUUCUU